UGGUUCAAAGCUGUUGAGAGCGGUGCAGGAGUGUGUGUGGAUAGAGCAGGAUGCAGAGGUGGGUGGCUGAUGGGACGGAUACCCAAGAGGGCAUGGAGUGACGUGGCUCAGUGCGUUGCCUGGUACCGACGAGACCUGGUGUUUGCCAGGCAUCCUUCUUUUGAGUCACUAUCACAAUCACAGUCGAACGUGCUUGUGAGCGGCCUGAAGCAGGCCCUUGGCUUGCCAGCUGCCGCCACGCGUGCUGCUGUGCUGGCAGCGUACGAGGCCGCCACGUGGCGGCAGCAGGCCUCCAUCCUGUGCCACGUGGCACGCCUCCAGCUCAGCGCUGACUGGGACUUGCUGGGCCUGUCUGAUGCUUCAGCAGGAGGAUACAUUGUGACAGGCGAUGGUGACAAUAGGAGUGGUGACAAUAGCGAUGGUGAUAGUAAUGAAGAUGAAUGGGGAGAACAGGAUCAGACGGAGGAGGAUGAAGAGGAUGAGGGAGAGAGUGGAGAGGAGGGAGAGGGGGGGGAUUCAGAAGCGGAGGAGGGGGAGGAGGAAGAUGAGGAUUUGGUGUGGUCAGAAGCAGAGGAGCAGAGAGCAUUAGCUCGAGAUGCAGAGAUGCUGAAGCAGCAGGGGGGACAAGGAAUUACUAGUCAGAGACUGUUGGGUGAAGGUUUAACUGGUGGAGGUGACAUUGACGUUCUUGCUGGUGGUGGUGGUGCUGCUACAGCCGGAGCUGCUGGCGAGAGAAAUACUGAUGGCUCAAUUAGUGAUGGUGGUGACGAGUUGUCUGUAAUGGAGCGGACUCUAGUGAGGAAAAAGGAGGAGGCAGCUGGGGAGGUGAAGGCAGCAGUGGGACCGUUUGAUUCGGUCAGGCUGAUUGGGGAGCUGACACUGCUGCACGCUAUUGAGAGUGGAGAGGAGACAUUCUGA